AUGUCUUCUCAGUCGCUUCAUUUCUUCACCCCUUCCUCCACCGCCUGCCCGAACAUUACCUUCCCAAAGCCUUCACUUCCGUUUCCCAACCGCCGCUCACCGUUCGCUUCCUCACCUAGGACAUUUUCGAUCAGAGCCGUUUCGGCGUCUUCAGAUCCCAAUCCGGCACCGCCGCCUGUCGUUGUUGCCGACAAUGGAGCGGGGAGCCGGGUUGUGGCGGCGGCGGAUUCCAGCUCAAUCGAUGUGGAUAAGGUCACGGAGGCGGAGUUGAAGGAGAAUGGGUUCAGGAGCAGCAGGAGGACGAAGCUGGUGUGCACGAUCGGGCCGGCUACCUGUGGCUCCGAGCAGCUGGAAGCGUUGGCCGUCGGAGGGAUGAAUGUGGCGAGAAUCAAUAUGUGCCACGGCACUAGGGAGUGGCAUAAGCGGGUGAUUGAGCGCGUCCGGAGGUUGAACGAGGAGAAGGGAUAUGCGGUUGCGAUUAUGAUGGAUACCGAAGGGAGUGAGAUUCACAUGGGAGACCUCGGCGGUGCUCCGUCCGUCAAAGCGGAGGAUGGUGAAGUCUGGACUCUCAGCGUGAGAGCCUAUGAUGGAAAUCGCCCUGAACGUACAAUUACUGUAAAUUAUGAUGGUUUUGCAGAAGAUGUGCAAGUUGGGGAUGAGUUACUUGUGGAUGGUGGAAUGGUUCGGUUUGAGGUGAUUGAAAAAAUCGGUCCUGACGUCAAAUGUAUGUGCACUGAUCCCGGUUUGUUGCUGCCCCGUGCUAACUUGACUUUCUGGAGGGAUGGAAGUUUGGUACGAGAACGUAAUGCUAUGCUUCCUACAAUUUCAGCCAAGGACUGGUUGGACAUUGAUUUUGGAAUUGCAGAGUCUGUUGACUUCAUUGCAGUAUCAUUUGUGAAAUCGGCUGACGUGAUAAACCAUCUUAAGAGCUACAUAGCUGCACGCUCUCGUGAUAAUGACAUAGCAGUCAUAGCAAAGAUAGAGAGUAUUGAUUCGCUGAAGAAUUUGGAAGAGAUCAUUGAAGCAUCAGAUGGAGCUAUGGUAGCAAGAGGAGAUUUGGGUGCUCAGAUCCCAUUGGAACAGGUACCGGCCGCACAGCAAAGGAUUGUUGAGGUGUGCAGGCAACUGAAUAAACCAGUCAUUGUUGCGUCUCAAUUGCUUGAAUCUAUGAUUGAGUAUCCUACACCUACAAGAGCGGAGGUAGCCGAUGUCUCUGAGGCUGUUAGGCAAAGGUCGGAUGCAUUGAUGCUCUCUGGUGAAUCUGCUAUGGGUCAAUUCCCAGACAAGGCUUUGACUGUUCUUAGAAGUGUGAGUGUGAGAAUUGAGAAGUGGUGGAGAGAUGGGAAACACCAUGAAGCAAUGGAACUGCCAGCUGUUGGUUCAUCAUUUUCUGAUCGUAUUUCAGAAGAGAUUUGCACCUCUGCUGCCAAGAUGGCAAACAACUUGGAGGUGGAUGCCCUUUUCGUCUACACAAAGACGGGGCACAUGGCAUCUCUAUUGUCACGCUGCCGACCUGAUUGCCCCAUCUUUGCCUUCACAACAUCGACAUCCGUACGAAGGCGGCUGAACCUUCAGUGGGGGCUGAUACCUUUCCGCCUGGGGUUUUCCGACGACAUGGAAAGCAACCUCAACAGGACCUUCUCCUUGCUCAAGGCUAGAGGAAUGAUCAAAUCCGGCGACCUUGUUAUUGCCGUCUCGGACAUGUUGCAGUCCAUCCAAGUCAUGAAUGUGCCUUGA